CGUGGUUUUGACAGAGGGAGGGAGGCGCGACCCCGCCCGUCUUGGUUUCAAUUUUACCACUUCGCUCCAAAAGCAGCAGCAACAACAACAGUAGCAGCAGCAGCCCCCCUCUCCCCUUCCUCGUCUCAUCAUUGUUUUCUUCGUCCUCCUCAACCGCAACCAGCGAAGGAGAUAAAAACUUUUUUUUGUUUUAAUCCGCGCAUUAGAGGAGGCGACGCGACAUGGCGAGCGGGGCGCCGCGCCUGUGAGCCAUGUCCGAGGCGCGACUGGAGGGGGCCCUCCUCCCGCUCCUCCCUGCCGGGGACGAGCAUCCGAAGUCGGCGGGGCCGCCAGGCGAAGGCGAGGUCCCGAGUCGCGAUCAGGCCGUGGCCGGGCCCGGGUACCGGGAGAAGGCGGCGCCGGGCGGAUUCGCCGUAACGGAGGCUACCGCAGGCGUAGCAGGAGGACAUCGCGCUGCCGUCGACGGCGCUGGUGGCGUUGGUGCACGUGAGGUUAAACCGGACGAAAGCCGCCGAGAGGUGCACUCGUCCGGAUCGGCUGUCGCCGCCGCCGCUGUAAACACUGCCGAGGUCGUGCCCUCGCUGUCGGCGGACGCAGAAGGCCAGGCCGAGGCCUCGGCCCUGCGAGCCCGGGGCGUGGGCGACGGAGCCGCCCGCGAGCCGCAACGGGCGAUGCCGAGCCGCGGGGAGUACGGGGCCACGGUGACCGAGGCGCCGGGCAGGGCAGGAGCAGGAGACGAUGCCGAGCCUGCUAAAGCAGGUGCGGCCGCCUAUACAGGAGGAGCAAACGCCGCUGGAGAAGUAGGCGCAAGCACAGCAGUGGCGGCAGCUCCAACGACAGGGACAUCAUCUUCAUCAUCUGCUCCGGGAGCAGCGGCCAUCGGUGCACCAGCAGCUGCUACAGGAGAAGCGGCAGCAGUAGCAGCCGCUGCUGCUGCCGCUGCUGCAUCAUCUACCUCGGGAGGAGCAACAGGAACGGCCGCACCGACAGCUGCAUCGCCGACGUCUGUUUCGCCAAAAGCAGCACCUGCUGCAGCAGCAGCAGCAGCGACGGCAGCCACAGCGCCUGCAACUUUUGAAGACGCAACGGCAACUUCAGCCGGAGCAGCAGGUGCAGCAGCAGGUGCAACAGCAGCGCACGCGCGGGCUUCUACGCAAGGUGGAUCAGCAAGGUGUGGGACUUUGGAGAGGAGCGUCAUGGACACUUCUUCGCCUACUCGGAGCCCCGAAAGGUCGGCGAACCAAGGAGACCCGGCGUCUUUAGAUGCAGAGGUCAAGCCCGGGGUAGAGACAAAUGAAGGCUUGGACGAGCAGCAGCAGCAGCAGGCGGCGGCGGCAACAACAACAACAAGGGGCGAUCCUGCCGUGGGAGGGACAGGAGGAGCCACUCCACUCCACAAGCAGCAGCAGCAGCAGACGACUGCGGUGGCCGCUAAGGACAAGUACCCUGGACAGUCCAUCUAUCACAUCAAGUGGAUCAAGUGGAAAGGGGAGAGCACUGCCAUUAUAACGCAGAACGAGAACGGACCCUGUCCUUUGCUGGCCAUCAUGAAUGUCCUGCUGCUUUCCUGGAAGAUCCGAUUCCCUGCUGGAAUGGAAAUCAUUAACGCUGAACAGUUAAUGGAAUGUCUCGGUGACUUCAUCUUAGAAACGAUGCCAAAAGAAUUUUCCGAGGCACAGCGACUCAACUAUGAGCAGAACAUCAGCGAUGCCAUGACCAUAAUGCACAAGCUACAGACAGGGCUGGAUGUCAACGUGCGGUUCACGGGCGUGGCGGAUUUUGAAUACACUCCCGAAUGCAUUGUGUUUGACCUGCUGGGCCUGCCUCUAUACCAUGGCUGGUUGGUCGACCCACAGAAUUCUGAUGUGGUCAAGGCGGUGGGCAAGUGCAGCUAUAACCAACUGGUUGAAAAAAUUAUCUCCAGCAAACAGUCGCAAAACAGCGAAGUGUUCAGUGAGGGAAUGGUAGCAGAGCUGUUUCUGGACAGCACAGCCACUCAGCUGACUUAUCAUGGACUCUGCGAGCUCAACAUUCAUGUCAAAGAGGCAGAGAUCUGUGUCUUCUUUCGAAACAAUCACUUCAGCACCAUCUACAAGCAUAAGGGGCAGCUCUUCCUACUGGUGACAGACCAGGGCUUCUUGACAGAGGAGUCGGUGGUGUGGGAAAGCCUGCACAGUGUGGAUGGCGAUGGAAACUUUUGCGACUCCGACUUUAACUUGCGCCCACCGUCAGACCCUGCAAACCUGUUCCCUGCUGGAGUCAACCAGGAGCAGAUUGAUCAGGAUUAUUUGGUGGCACUGUCCCUGCAGCAAGAACAGGGUGGCAGUGAACUGCCAGCUGCGGAGAGCGACCUCGAUCUGGCCAAGCGGCUCCAGGAAGAGGAGAAUUUGCGUGCGGCGCAGUACUUCCAAGAGCAGGAGCGACAGCAGCAACCACAGCAGCCACCGCAACCGCCCCAGCAACCGCAACAGAGGCAACAGCAGCAGCCACCCUCCCCUGGCGAGAGCCGCUCAACGCCGGCGGCUGGCAGCGCGGAGAGGGAAAGACGGCCUCGGAGGCAGGAGGAUAAGAGCAAGUGUGUCAUCCUGUAAGCACGGGGUCACCACUCGUGCGCUCGCACGCCAAGACCCGCCGUGUCCGUCUGCGUUGACAUGCAGCCGGCGCCGGUGCUAGUGCGGCCGUGUCAAGUGCCCACCGAUGUAAAAGCAGGUGCCACGUUGAAUGGGUGUGAGUGCAAUAUGUGAAUACGUUUAGCGAUAGCCACUUGCGGAGGUUUUAGCACGUCGACCAUAUUUCUUCUUGGAACAUGAACCAAGUGACUUAUUUUGAACCGCUGUCUCACACUUUAUGGUAUGACCCACUAGGAUGCGUAUAUACAUAUAUAAAUAGAUAAAGUUUUGAUGUAAAGCUAUUAUUUUGAUAACAUUUUGGCAACACAAGGACACGUAUGAAACGGUGCCCUAUCCUGUAAUGAUGUCGGGUGAAAUUAGAUGCCUGCAGUGUGUUGAAUUAAUGUGUUAUCCAGUUUCAGCAUCAACAACAGAGUUGAGUUGUCACCAAAGAGACUAGAAGAGCUCUUCCUGUGUGGUUCAAACACAAACAAUUGCUUAAUUACAGAGUGCUGCCUAGUUGAAAUGUUUUAGACUGCCGAAGCCACUUUGUAAGGUGCAUUUGUUAAAUAACUUCUUACAAAAUCUUAUUUGUAAAUGCCUACACAUGGCUAAGAUGGUCACACUUUGGUGAAACCUCAUCUUGUUGGUAUUGAGUGUCGUGUUCGGACCGUUUUACAUCAUUUGCUUUGUGCUAGCAUCUUGGUGACAUGUGGCAUUCAGUUUUAAAAUGUCAUAAUCGUCACCCACUUGAGAGGAUAUGUCUGGUCUUCAUAGACUGAGAUGAAAACAUACAAAAACUUCUCUUGAAUCCCAUAAUUAGGUUUAUCCAAAUCCUAUUGACAACCAUACUCCUAGUAUUUUAAAAUAUAUAAGUGCCUCUAGAGAAAAGGAAUUAAACUUUGUUAUGAUUAGCAAAGAGUUGACUGGGUUUUUUUCAAAGAUUGCUGGUGUCUUGCCCUCCUGGUAAAGAGCAUCAGGAUCUUCGUAUGUAAGGCAUUCUAGGAUUCAUACAGGCUUCGGUGUAUUAUCGAAGUUGUGUUGUACAGUUUUGUAAUGUUUGAAAGAUGUGAUAUUUUUUCUAAACUUACUAAACUAAAACCUUUUGGUUUAAAGUAAUGUAGUACAAAUAAAAAAAACAACAAACACAUUUUCUUUUGUUUAAAGGGCAGUAUUAAUUAUAAAUUUGGAGAGGUGUUUUUAUGUCAUUUGUGCUUAUACAUCACUGCCAACAUUUUUCCGUAAUGCUUGUCCAUGCAUGCUGCAUUAACAUCACUGGACUGCAUACAAGUGGACUAUUUAAAAAAAAUGUCCUGACACUCUUUGCUAAUUUGAGGUAGAGUUUAAUUCCAUCCCUUGCUUAACCAUCCAUUACUUUCUGUUGUCGUGAAAACCUUGAUCUCUUCAUUUUGGAGGGAAAAAAUGCCACUUUGCCACAUGGUAUGCAUAGGUGUUUCAAUGGUGUUUGAGUAAAAAGGUCCCACAACCCAUAGAAAAGGCAUUAACAAAGUAAAAAAAGCUAGGCCCUACAUCUCCAGAGUAUAGCUUUGUGCCCAUGGCUAAACAUCCGUGUGUCUCCACAUAAGUCGUGUGUCAUUAACUUACAGUUAGUGCUGCCUGUUAGGCUAGAGAAUUACUUGAAUCUGAAGCACUUGGCACACCUGAGAAGGACAGGCGGUAAGAUAUGGAUGGGUGUGUUUUCUACUGGAUGAAUAUUGAUGAUGGAAAAUAAUUAAUGAAUGUUCUAUCAACACAAGUUCCUGCUUGACACUAAUUUAAUAAUAGAUGUUUGAGUUUAUGCAAACAUCCAUCGAGUAACUAAGGAGUCUCACUUUUUUUAUCGAUCCUUUGCCACAUUGGUGGGAGGGCAACAGGGAGAGUGGAUUUCCUUUAUACUCAUUAAUAUUCUAACCAAAUUACUUGGUACACAGCCAGUAACUCUGCUUGAAUGUACAUUGCAUCUCUGUUGGGGACAGCUUAAUAUUUGCCUCUGGCAGCAAAACCAGCAAACUUUGUUAAAUGCCAUUGCCUGCCAGCACUCCUAUACUGGGCCAAUAGACAUAAAAAGUUUUCAACAGUUUGCGCACAGAACAUCCAAUAGACUUUUCCUCAUACAACAGCCCUUAGCUAUGGAAUGUGUGUUGUUAUGGAUUGUCUUUGUUUAUGAGGUGGGGUUUUUUUUCAACACUUGUCAUGAAUGAGAGGCGACACUUGAGAGGGUGGAGCUGGGUAAGUGGACACGCGCUGUGAGUCUCUUUAAUCCAACCGGGGUAAGCGAGCUAACGUGAACACUUUUUAGCCAUCCCAGCUGUAACUACUGGCUACUCACUGCAAUUUGGAACAUUUGGGCAGUUAAAGUGCUCGAGGAUUUUCAAAGGGGCACUUUUGGAUGUCAAAUCAAAGAGGCCCUGUAACAUAACUUGUGCAAGCCAGUGUGAAAAUGAACAUUUACGCAAAAUUGAGUUCCUUAGGAGUGCCAAGCAGCCAAUUAUUGAUGGCUCUCGCUAGCUUGUCUAUAAAUUGGUGUAAGAUGCUGCCAGUUCAAGGUGUAAAAUGGUACAGUUGGCACAUGCAAGUGCAUCCAGUUCCUUCUCACUGAAACGUAUUGGAAUUCCUACUCAGUGCCAGCAAUUUUAGACGGCUAUCUCUUGAAUGGACAAUUUUAAUGUGACCACAACCCCAAUGUGGUUAACACAUUGCGCCGAGUUCCAUUCUUUGCCACAACCAACACCGGUGGCAUGUGAUAUCUGAAUUCUGACUAGUGUAAUGAAGUAUGGUCAAACAACCCCCCAUGACUCGGUGUGCAAAGGUUUUCAUUCAAAAGUGGAUUGACAAAAGGGCUGUAAAUUAAUGAAAAAUAAUUUCCAGUCAAUCCAUACUUUAUAUGAACAAAUAGAAAAACAAUAAAACCCAUUUCCAUGGCAGGGAUAUGACUCUGAGAGAACUUGAGGCUGGAGAGCUGUGUUUUUUGUGUUAUAGCACGAGGUUGUUUGUAAGAAAAACUUUACAAUAGAGGUUAAGCGUGCUUUUUCAAUUGUGGAUAUUAGGAAUUAUCAUUUAAGUUAGUUUGAAAUAUAUGCUUUUAUGAUAUACAUGUCGCGAAAGUUCUAGAUUUGAAGCUUUCGUGACUGCAAGGAUUCAUACUCUUUGGUUUUUUCGGUAAAGUCACGUAGGUAAAAAAUAAAUAAAAUAAAAUAAUUUGGUUUUCAUUUAUUUUAUUUAUUUUUUACCUACGUGACUUUACCGAAAAAAACAGAGUAUGUAGCGAAAGCUACUGGGGGCAACACUUGUGAAUUUGUAAGGGUCUCUAAAAAGCAACACUCAUGCUGUACGCAUCUGUACAUAAUGGGUCAUCUGUAUUUUAGCUGUAAUGGGGGUCCAAUUUCAGGCAUAAUUAUUUUUUUUAUCUUAAUUUGUUUUAUGUUUAUUUAACCUACUUUUUGUACACCAACUGUUUAAUCAUCACAUCUCUCAUUGAGAACUCUUUCAGAUAAACUCUAAAAUGUGUUGUAAUAUUUUCAAUAACAAUCUCAUUUCAUUCAUCUAUGUUAUAUCCAGGUGCUGUGGCUUUUGAGUGGAUUAUUUAAGAAGUGGUUUGUUAAGAUGCAAAUAUAUUGCUCAAUAAAUCAGCUGUAGCUUACGUUCAUUUUAAGCAGUCCGUACUGAGCAUCUUCGCAAGGAAUAUCUUCCAGCCUUCCAUUGAAGCGGUCAACAUGACCUGUUGCAACCAAUCGGACCUUAUUAUCAGCUCAACUCUUCAGCCGUUGGGAAGGAGGCUUUACGGUUCAUCAAGCAAUGCCACAACAGUGUUUAGGCCAUUCCUGAUCGAGUGUCCAGGUUUGUACGGAAAAGAUCCAUUUUGUCUUUAAAAUAUAAAAUAAUGAUUUUGAAGUUGUCACAAGCAGUGUGGAUGACUGUGUGCACCCUAGCCAGAGUAGCUGUGUCGUAAGAUGGACACACAUCAUGAGGAGUGAAAGCACCAUUUGUUCUGUGCCGAAGUAAAAAUAUGAGUUUGUUAAAUAUACUGAAGUUGCCCUUGCUUAGAUGACGCACUGUCAUUCAUUUGCAGACACGAAAUCGAAUGUGUUUGACAAUUUCAAGUCACUGUUGUUAUCGGGCAUUGAUAUAAUAUUGAUGAUGUAGUCUUUGUUGCACACCUAUUUAAUGAUAGGCGAGUACUGUACUCUUAGAAGCAACAAUAUUCAUUUAUUCAAAUACAAUACAGUAUACAAUUUUAAAAUAUGACUAAUGUUUAAGUUUGCCAUGAAGUUAACGGAUUAUUUAAUUUGAGGAAAAUGUUAAACAAAUUAGUCAGUUCAUUGAAUGUGAUCGGGGAUCUUGCAAAGGCUAUGAAAUAACUUCUGAAUCAUUUUUAUUUAGAAAUUAUUAGCUCGUCUAAUGAUGCAUGCCAUAUAAUGCCUAGUCUAAUUAAAUAUAAGAAUUUAUGCAGUAAUAAUUGCUUGGUCCAUAUAAACGUUGGCAAAAAAGCGUUGAGAUUUUAGUGCGUUGUGUGCGUCAUUGGCGUGUUGUCGUGUAAUGUACGCUUGAUCAUAUGUGAUGCUUUCCACUUAAAGUUUUAAUCGUUCACCGUCUCAACGUGUGCUGUUUGUUCCCUUCCAGUAAUGCUUCCUGCAUACAUUACAUUUAUGUCCAGAAAUUGGUUUUAUCUUUCAUUUUAA